GAAACAGCUUGAGUUUAACAAAUUCCGCGCAAUGGAACACAUAUUCGCUUUGAAAUUACUGCUGGUCUUGCUGUUUGGGGAAUCACUGGCAUUCCAGGGGCCAAUCUCCGAAAAAUCCUCCACCCCACUGGAAGCCCUUUCCACCAAGGUGCUGAUCCUCUCCAGCGUGGUGGUGCUCACCUGUGUUUGGCUGGGAUGCUCCUACUUCAUGGCCAAUCGCCAUCAGAAGGCGGUUGAGUACCUCCAACAACAGCUCGACGAACUCUGGCUGCUUCAGGCGAAGCCCUCCGUCUGGCCACAUGCCCCCUUCAUCCCGAGUCCCCGGGAGCAGAAUCCGCCGGAGUAUAUUCCGCCGAAGGAUCCGCAGGAGCAGGAACAGGAGGCCAUUGAGGGGCAGGAGAAGGCCAUAACAGCUAGGGUCUUCUUGGAGUCCAGCAACAGCGAAAAAGAGUGAGCGAGGGGUAAAAAACAUGUGUUAACUUGAAGAUUUGAUUCUAUUAUUCAGUAAAUCUUACGACAUUAAAGUUAAUUAUUAAUCCAAACUUUGUAAAAUAAAUCUUAUUAUUUUGAAGGCAAGAAACAGCGAAAAAGAGUUAGCUAAUGGUGAAAAUCAUGUA